AUUGAGUGCGUGCGUUCCCGGAUGUGCGGCCGCUCUGUCCUCCUAUCCCUCCCCUUGCGGAUUUAGACGGCGGCACCGUGCGCUCAGUUCGGGCUUAGGGCUUUUUAAUUCCCUUCCCCUCCCCCCACCACCACCGAAAAACAAACGAGAGGGGAAAAAAAAAAUCUGGGGUUUGGGAGGGGGGUUGGUGGAGAAGAGAGGAAAAACUCGGCUGCGGAUCAGGCGUUUUGCAGCAGGAGCGGGCGUUAACAAUUUUUUUGGGGGGGAAAGAACACCAUCCUUCUCUCCCAUUCCCCUUCCUUUCCCCCCCCGCCCCCUUCCCCCCCUUCAAACCGCCGGUGCUUGGGUAAAAAAAAACAUCCAGUCACAACAUCCAGGUGAAAACGGCGGUUGAUCGAAGUCUCUGGAAGCUUCACCUUCGGCGGCCAGGAUGGGAAAUGAAGCGAGUUAUCCCCUUGAGAUGUGCUCACACUUUGAUGCUGAUGAGAUUAAACGGCUAGGAAAGCGGUUUAAGAAACUGGAUUUGGACAAUUCUGGCUCAUUGAGUGUAGAAGAAUUUAUGUCCCUACCCGAGUUGCAACAGAACCCUCUAGUGCAACGGGUUAUAGAUAUAUUUGACACCGAUGGAAAUGGUGAAGUUGACUUUAAAGAGUUUAUUGAAGGCGUCUCCCAAUUUAGUGUCAAAGGUGAUAAAGAACAGAAAUUGCGAUUUGCUUUCCGCAUCUAUGACAUGGAUAAGGAUGGGUACAUCUCUAAUGGAGAGCUUUUCCAGGUGUUGAAGAUGAUGGUGGGGAACAAUCUAAAAGACACUCAGCUACAGCAAAUUGUAGACAAAACCAUAAUUAAUGCAGAUAAAGAUGGAGAUGGGAGAAUAUCUUUUGAAGAGUUUUGUGCAGUUGUAGGAGGCCUAGACAUCCACAAAAAGAUGGUUGUUGAUGUGUGACCUCUUUCAAGGCUCUACCCAACACUUCUGCUUUCUUCUCCAUUUCUGAAGAUCUGCUCAAGAUGUCCAGCAAUGCUUUCUGUGUAUUUAAUGGAAGUAUUUUCUCUGUGAAGCCACUUUUUCCAACAUGAGCCUCAAGCCAACUAAGUGUUAUUGAACUUCAAUUCUCUCAAUAACCCAGUGUAGCACUUUAAAAAGUCUGAAGGACAGCUGUAAAGGAGCAUCUCAGUGUGGUGGAGAAGGGGAAGGGGCUGGAUUCUUAUUUAUUUCAUUCUCAUCUUUUAUAACAAGGAAGUAUAUCUAUAGCUUUGUAAAUGUAAAAGUAGUAGUUUGGGCUUUAAUAAAACUUGAUGCAGAGACUUGAUUUGAAAUAAUAAAACAAAAGGUAGUCUACGAAGUGCCAAGCAUGGAUUACACAAAUCAUUUUAAGAUACUUCUGUCAUAACAUUGUGUUUUUAUUUGCUUUCCCAUUAUAUGUAUUUCAUGUCUGGUAAUAAAUUUAAAAAUGGUUGAAAAAUAGUUUAUGUGAACAGGGUUUUUUUCACUGUUCUUGUUUUGGUAUGUUGACUUUUGAACAUUUUUGCUUCUGGUCACAAUUAUUUACAUUUUGUUAAUGAAUGUUCCAUAUUUUGGGUUCCUUUAUUAGGAACUGUCUCUUUAGUUAGUUCCUCUUGGUAACUACUCCAGCAUAUUGUAGAUGCCAAGGCUUCAAAGUAAAAUGGCAGGAUAAUUAUGGUAUGUUCUUGUGUACUGUUGUGGUAAGUUGGUGAGUAAGACACUUUAUCAGAAUUCAUUGUUUUUGAAGUCUCACCAGAUUUAAACUACACUUUGACCUUGCAGGGACAUGUUUCAGAACAAAAUAUCCCAAUUACACUCAAACUUUUUAAAAAAGAUGCAGUUCUGUUCAUUUCAGUAUUUGGACGGGAAAUUUAAUAAUCUGCAUCUGUUAAUGUGGUCUUUUGUUCAGGAGAAAACUUUACAUUCAAAGUUAGUUAGUUAUACCUCCUGGUUAUCCUCUUGUCACAUGUGAAGUUGUAAUUUUUUUAAAGUUUUUGAAAUUAUUCUUCCUUGUCUGAUUGCAGUUUGUUCAAGUGCAAUACGAUGCGCUGUAUUUAGAGUUCCUUUUCCCUCAAACUAUCCCCUUGGCUUUCUAGGAUAGGUUAUUAAGGAAAAAACAAAACUUACACCAAGAAUACUUUCUAUAAUUGAUGUAAUCCAGUCUCUUCAUUUUAAAAUCUGUUAUGGGGAAAAGGGAAGCAGUCAAAACUGCUUUGUGCUAAGAUCAAAUCAUUCAUGUAGCUCUCUCCCAUUGCUGUUCCUUCAGCUAAGUGCUGCACACUGCUGGGCUCUGACUUUGUGUGAGAGAUCCAGGUGCUUGGUGUCCUUGCAUGAUUAACUUUUGCAUGUAGAUUGAAAUAUUCCUCGUUUACAUAAAUUGCAAUGUUCAUAUAAAAGUUGCCAAAUGUUGGUAAAUGUUGAAGAAAAAGAACUCCACUAACUAUACUCUUUCUUCCUCUGGAUCAGUGCAUGGUUCGUAAUCAUAGCCAGUUCUAUCUGCUCCACUGUCAAUUGCCAUGUGCUCUGUUUCAAGGGGAAUCUAGUCUUCUGUGAAUUUACUUGUACAUAAGUAUUUGUUAGUCAUGGAGGGAAUGCUCUUUCCCACUGCUUGUGCAUAAGUUGACUGCAGUCCAACGUAGAGCACACAUCUUUUUCCUUAUGUGGGAAUGUUUUUAGUUUGUGUAGGGGGGAGAAAAAACAGUUAAAUGUUGAAUGUUGAGUUUUCUUCUCUGCAUGUUGCAUCAUAUGCUGUGGGAUUAUUGGAACCUUCAUCUGUAAGUACAUUGAAAAUAAAAUAUUUGAACCUUC